AUGGAAGUGGCCGAAAGUGCAGAGCAGACCUCUAGUGGCCCCACUGGAGCAGAUUUCACAAUGGCCAACGGCGAACGUCAUCCAUUUUUGGAUGAUCCCCUCAUGGAUGAUGGUCGCUCGAGUAGCUUGAGUGAAAUUGACGACGUAUCCGAUAACGAACCUUCCGACUUUGAGGAAGAUUUGAUCCAACCAGAAAAACAGCUCGAGAAUGACUCGGAGGCGGAGACCGAGCGCCUUGAAGACUCCCCUCACAACAUUCGUAAGCGCGGAGACAUUGUUCUCAGUGCAGGUGUAGGUAGCGCCGGUCCGAGCCCAAGCAAGCUUCAUCAGUCAACAACGCUAGCCGAUGUCGACGAUGAUGAUGAUGAAGAGGAGGAGGAGGAAGAUGAAGAUGAAGAAGAUGAUCAUAUUGUGGACGAUUCACCAAGCAAGCCCCGGCGGUCUUCAAAUAACAAUGGACUAACCGAUGACAUUCCUAAUUUGGAUGAAGUCGAGCUUCCCGAUAGUAUUGGAAAGAAGCGAAAGCGUGUCGAGGCUGGUGAUGGAGAUGACACCGGAACGGAGCCUGGCGACGAAGAGCCUCUAAAGAAGCGUCGAAGUUCGAUCAAGAGCGAUCUGAGCGACGCCAUUGACGACGAUACUCCUCUUUCCCCGGAACCGAUUGAAGAUCCGAGCGCUACGGUUGAAGACGGAUUGCCAGCCGACGAAGUCCCCGAAUCUGACCUCCCGGCCCCCAUAGCCAAAAGCAACAGAGGCAAGAAGGGUAAGCGCAGAGGGAGACGAGGCCUUGGUGGUGAGACUGCGAUCGAGGACGCGGCUGAUGAAAACCUUGGAGAAGAUGAAGAGCCCACAGGACCUGGCGACGAAGCCAACGAUGCUGAAACCACUGCUAGGUUGGAGGAAGAAUCCGCGAAGAAAACUUCAGCCAUGGAAUCACUGGCGACUCUAGAAAAAGAGUUUGCGACUUUGCGCGAUAAGAUUUAUGAUGAGCGAAUCACGAAACUCAAUCGUGAGCUUGAAAUGCUUAGCGGAUCGAAUCCAACACAUCCCGAAUACCUACGCCAAAUUGAAUGUGUGGAACGUUACCGUGAUGCCAAGAUCAAUUACGAGCGUACAUUGUACCGAUACCGCAUAAGGGCUUUGGUAAACAGGAGCUUGGCAGAGCGAGCACAGGCACACAGCACAUACUUCCAGCACAUCCGAGAUGUGAGGGAACGUCACUCCAGUUCGAUCAGCAAACAGUUCUAUGCUAUUCAGCAUGACCGCUUCAAGACGGAUGAAAUGAGCCCGCAUCAUAUCAUCCCCUUUCCUACCCGCCGCUCCCAACAAAUCGCGCAUCAAGCUGCCUACAACCAAGAAGUUUCGGUUAUGGCUGGCGUCGCAAAAUAUGUGGGCUUCCCAGCUGCUCCCAACUUGGCAGGCGCGCGGCCGUCUGAACUGGAUGAUGAUCUCGAAAAGAUGGGGAUCACCAUUGAGACCCAGGUUCCAAUUCAACGGCGUUCAUCAGUAUUGCCUCCUCGUGGUACCAUGCCAGCCAUGUCAUCCAACAUUUACCGAACAGCAGCCGAAGAGGCUUUCUUAGAACAAACGCCAUGGGCAAAUCCACAACAUCCAAUUCACCAGCAACAACCGCAGCAUCAGUACUCUCAGCAUCAUAGACCUCAAGCUCAAGCGAAUCCCUAUGAAGUACCUCAAAGCUCAUCAUACGCUACCCCAGCAGCACAACGGCGGGUGGUAGAUAUCAAUGCGCCAAACGGGUCGGCCUCUACAAUCCCGGAGAAUGCCUCAGCUGCAAACUCCUCCGCGAACAACACUCCGUAUGGAACUGAGCAAGACCCACGACAUCAGACUCAAACUUCUUUCCACAAUCCAGACUACGAUAUUGAGCGCAAAUCGGGCUUCCGGUCUCAAAGUUCUUCACCACUCGACGUGCGAAAAGCACACCCGCACUCUGUCCUAGAGCGCCGUUCCCCAAUGCAUAAUUCUCUCUCCCGCCACCCUGAUUUCUCCCCACCUCCAGCUCGCGCGGGCUUGUUCCAGCCACCUGCGCACAAUCCUGAUACCUCCCCAACUCUUUCAACCAAACCAGUCGACUCUUUACACUACCGACCGCACUCUGAACUAUCAACAGGGCCUGGUCCAAGUCACAUGUCGACACGAUGA